AUGUUCAAGUUUUUGGUUUUAGCUGCCUUAUUGGCCGUAGCUGUCGCUCACCCAACCAAGAAAGAAACCUCGUCUGCCAAAGUCAGCGAAUGGAGAAAGGAGAAGAUCGUAAAGCAUGAAGAGCCCAUUUCUAUCAAAAUUGAAGUUCCAGUCAAGAAAGAAUACCACCAUGAAGAGAAACAUGAAUCCCAUCAUCACGAACCUGCAACCAGCUCCCAAUGGAGACACGAACAAGUUGAAUCAGUCAAGAAAGAAUACCAUCAUGAAGAGACCAAGCACGAAUCCCAUCAUCAUGAACCUGCAACCAGCUCCCAAUGGAGACACGAACAUGUUAAAUCAGAGGGUAAAUCCGUCGUUUUCGAACAUAAACAUCAUUAA